ACAUGCAUGAAAGAAUCAAAGCAACACUCAAUGUAUGUUUUGAUGAGUGAAUAAUUUUACAACAUGAUAGAAAGUUUUAAAAAAGAAAAGUCGGUUUUACAGGACACUGCCUCUUUAAGUCGUGUAAUCAUUGUGUGAAAAAUUUCCACAUUGUGGCUACAACUUCCCCAGAUAGUAUUUCACAAGUAUGCGUCUAAUCAUUUUUAACAUUUUUAAUUUGGAUUAAUCAUAACGUUUUUCAAACUGUUCUAUUUUCCCCCUCACAUUUUUACGUUUUCAGUUUCAAUUCACUAAUUAUAAUAAUUAGAACAAGUCUUUUGUUACUUCCUCUCAUUCAUGUUAUUCCAGUGUUUUUUUGACUGCCUACCUGCAGUCUACAGGCUUCUUUACAUUUAGUCUUGAUAAAUGAAAUCAUUUCUUUGUAUUUCCUCAGGAUAUAUUUGUCUAAAGCAAAGCAGCAGUAGUGGUAGGAAGUUGCAGCUAUUAUAUUCUCCUUUCAUUCUCCACGCCUCUACUUGCCUGAGCACUCUGUGUUGCUUCUGCAAUUCUAAGAACCCUAACGUCAAUCCUCUGUGGGCCAAACCUGGGGAGGGACUGAAACAAAAGCAGGCUUCUCAGAGCUUUUACAGUUUCUCAGAAACCAGACCCGCCUAAGCAAACAUCAUGUACCUGCAGUACAGGUGGUGACUCAUGUUUCACCUUUGGAGGUGGUGAUGCUGGAUGCAUGUUACUAUCAUCAUUAUCAUAAACAUAUUACAGUAGUUUUGUUGCAAUAAAGCUGCAAAUGCAAAACAAUUUAAACUUUACUAUUGUGAGGUUACAAUAAUAAAAUUUGUACUUCCUGCUAUAGAAACUUUGAAAAGAGGACAUUGUUAACAGUUUAUUAGCCACUUACAGCUGAUCUAAAGCUUUUUUAAAGCUCACUUUGGUGCCAAAAUUUGGGUGAAAUUACCAACUUGAACUUGAGCGGACUUUAGGUAAAGGCUAUGCUAAUGCUAAAUUUAGCUAAAGUCUGACUAAAGCUAAGCUAAUCUUUAUGUAAAAUGUUUUUGCUGUUUUUGUUUUGCUACAUAAAUAUUACUGUAUAUAUUUACUGUUUAUGGUUAAAAUGACUGAAACUCACUGGGUUUAAUUGAAACAAAGCUUAGCCUGAUCUGCAUGUAAUUAGUUCAACCUGUUUCAUGUGUAGCACAAAAACCUUUUAGCUUCAAAAUUUGCUUAAAAUGAGUUUGCUGAAAUUUGGUGAAAGCUAACCUAAGGCUACAUUUAGCUAAAGUUGUGACUUAAGCUAGGCUAAAUGUUAAACUUUAUAGAAAAUAUCUUUGUUUCCUGUUUUGUUUUGCUAUACUGUUCCUCUACUGUAUAUUCUUACUGUGUACAGUUAAAAUAAUAAAGCUAAGCUAAAGUUAAAGCUAGACUGAAAUUAAUGAACGGUUUAGCUUGACCUGCCUGUUUUAGUAUUAUUUUGUACAAUACACUAAUUUUUGGAAGAUCUUUGUUACCAAAAUCUGGUUAAAAUGACAAAUUCAGGCUUGAGCUGAAAUACUUUUUCAUAAUAGAGUUUCCUCUGAAUCUGUCUAUCUGUGACAGAAAAUAUGGCCCUGCCAGGUUGGACUUGGCUGUUUCUGCUGUGACUGAAAAUAAAACUAGAAAGCUGUAAUAUUUCCAUAAAAAUGUGUUUUCUCUUAGAAGAGGGAAGAUUAUGGAGAAGAUUAUAGGCUUUGAAAUGGAUCAACUGCAGGUAGGUUUCAGAAAUGUGAGGCAGAAUAUAGAAACAAGCACAUAAUUCAGUCAAAAUGAACACGUAGGCGUGUAUUUACACCUUGGGUAAAAUAUAACCAAGAAAGUCAAACAUUAGGCUACAAAGGGAAAUAGAUUAAAAAAACCUUCCCAAAACCAGAACCGACUUGAAGAAUAAAAGGGAAACUAAAGCUUCUGCAGUAAAAUUUGUAUAGAUUACACUGGUUACACAUUACACCGGUGGCCAGUACAUUUUACUAUUCCUUUUGAAAUCCUUUUAUUUGUCUUUAAAGCUCUUAAUAGCCUUGCCCCUCCCUUUCUGUCUGAGCUGUUACAUUCGUACACACCGUCCCGUUCCCUCAGGUCAGCUGAUCAGCUGCUUCUGAAGGCGCCAAAGACAAAGUGCAGCUCAGAGGGAACCGGGCUUUUCUGUGGCAGCUCCCAAGCUAUGCAAUAAUUUCCCUGCUGGGAUGGAUAAAGUAAUUCUAUUCAAAAAGAAAGUUGCUAUGGUAUGAUACACCAAAGCCACAGAUGCUAUCAGACAAACUGAAGCAGCAGGUCAGAGACUUGCGUCUGCUGCACGGCUCCUGCAGCAGAGCCAGCAGACUCUGCCCUCCCAUCAGGGCUGCAGUCCAAAGGCUGAACCUUAUCGUGUUGGAGGCCUUGAUAAGAAUCAUAAAUCUUCAAAACUCCAGUUUGUGUUUUUUUUUUCAUCAAAUGCCUUACAGUUCUGGACCCGUUCAGGGUAAAACCGGCUCCUCCGAACCCAAACAUCUGAGGACUCGGAUGUCAUUAGCGUCAGCAUCAACAGAAACAAUUUUAAAUGUUAUUCUCAGCAUGACACACUGCUUACAAACGCAAGUUAUUGUAAAAUGACAAAAAAGGGGAACAGGAACUUCCUCAAAUUUCAACAUUGUUCUUUGACUUUUACAAAUUCUUACAAAACCGACUGCAGAAAUGAUGAAAAGGUGCAAAAAACAUGACUGUACUGUACAAACUGAAUGAUUUUACAUAACUUGUGGUGAAGACAUUUCCCAAGACAAAACAGGAACGUUUGUAUUAAAAUACACAUUUGCAUUAAUUUAAAAAAGAAUAUUUCUGGGGAUUUACUGUAAAUGAGUCUGACGAAUCAGCAGCAAAACCAUCAUGUCUUGCUCUACCACCCACAAACGGCAGAGCAACACGCCUGGCACAAAGGAGCGCCGCCUCAUAUAUGGGAGGUGUUACUAGGGGCUCCUGAGUAUUUCAGAGGAGGUGGAGCAAACAAAGGUGCGGCUGCAGACCUGUAGGUUCGACCAGAGACCUGUUACCUGAAGAACAGAGCUACAGGGAAAGUAUCUUUGACAUUUCUCCUUUUUCUCUUGGCUUAUCAAACCUCUGGUGCCUCAUAAUGAGCAGGUGAGCCUCACACAUGGGUGAAACAGAAUGCAGAAGCAGAGGCAUAAAUUUUUUAACGGAGCAACACUUCCCUCUGCAAAUGGACUCAAACUGACACCCAAAUUAAAAGUCUGGGCAGCGCAUCGGAGCGCUGCUCGGCUACGGCUGGACAAAGGUAUGUAGCUCCUUUAAAUGUUUUUUUGCUGCUUUCUUAGUUUAACAAAAAAUAAGACUUUCUCCUUUAGUGACAAAGAAAAAAAGACGUCUUUAUUGAAUAACAGAACAUGGAGGCACAACAUCAUUAUGUUUAUAUUAGCAAAUGUACUCAAGCAGUUGACUAACUUUUACUGACAACUAAAGUGUUUUAUUUUUAAAUCCCUUUUUAAGCCAGAAAAUGGAGAAUGGCGUCAGACCAGCAGAAAACAGGAGAUGUUUUGGCUUCUCACGGCGCCACAGCCUUUUCUUACUUCUGGUUCUCGCAGUUGUGCUUUUUGUCUACUGUACCAACAUCCGGGACAAGGGGCACGAGUGGAACCCCAAAGAGUGGAUGAACAGUCAUUCAAUGAAACUACUCACUGUGUUCACAAAACAAAGCACCGUCUCCAAAAACACAGGAUUUACAGAUGCAAACACCACUGCUGAACUUCCUGAAACUACGAGCGUCGCCACAACGCAGGAGCCACCGACUCAACGGCAGAGGACAGUUUCAUCACGGGUCACCAAGAAGGUGCUAGAAACCCAGACUGCCCAACGGACAGCGGCUCCUUAUGUGUCUCCUGGACCGUACUUGGUGGAGUACCCCUAUGAGUACCACUUUACUAUCAAUGAGGAACUGAAAUGUAGGCAGGAGAAGCCGUUUGUGGUUCUGAUCGUACAAGUGGCGCCACGCAACCGAGCUCAUCGCGACAUCAUCCGUAACAGCUGGGGAAGCGAGAAGCUGGCUAACAACCAAGUGGUGGCGCUGUUCUUCCUGCUGGGGAUGCAGACUGGAGACGAUGCAGAGCAGGUCCACCGGCAGCUGCUGCAGGAGAGCAAAGAGCAUCAGGACCUGAUCCAGGGAGACUUUGUGGACUGCUACAAGAACCUGACCAUAAAGACCAUGGUGAUGCUGGAGUGGCUGAACUCCUACUGCUCCAGCGCCGCUUACGCCAUGAAAAUCGAUUCAGACAUGUUUCUAAAUGUUCCCAAUCUGGUCAACUUGCUCCUCAAAGCUCCAAGGACAAACUACAUGACCGGCCUGGUGGCACAUGGAGGACGAGUCUCCAGGGAUCCCAAGUCCAAGUUCUACGUGCCUUUGGAUCUUAUCAGCGAAGAUGUUUACCCUCUCUAUGCUUUGGGUCUGGGCUACAUUUUGUCUUUGGAUCUCACCAAAAAGCUCAUUGAGGCUUCCAGACACGUUAAACCUCUUUAUAUUGAAGAUGUAUAUUUGGGCUUAUGUAUGAGACACCUGGGUAUCCGUCCAACAGAACCCCCAAACUGGAUCCUCUUCCGUGUUAUUCCUAUAAAAUACAGUCGCUGUGAAUACUCCAAGAUUAUCGCAACCACAACUCUGGAAAAUAUGGACCGUGUUUGGAUUUGGAGAGACUUUAAGAAACCGGGUCGGUACUGUUGAUCGGUAAAAAAGGUAGCAGAAGAAAAUAAAAGAGCGCUUUACAUGUUUACAUUAUAGUUUGCAUGAAGAAAAUUAAUCAUACAUAACACUAAAACAAGUAUAAUCACAAAAUAAAUUCAGAAGAAACAUUUUUUGUUAUUUAUAUUUUCAUAAACAUAAAGCUUCUGUAUCUAAUAAUUACAGUAGCUAAUAAUUAUGUUAAAACAUCUCAAAGUAUUUCAGUUACAAUAUGUUCUGUUUACUGUAUAUUUAAACUUCAGGCUCAUCAGACAAAAAACAACAGAACAACAAAGCUGUUGUAUUAACAAGAGGUCUCACUUCGGUCUGUUUCUGUGUUUGGAGCCUAUAAAGAUAAUAAAUGUCUGAUCUCCGGUCGGAGUAACUCCACCUGGGCAGAAAGGCCAACAACUAAACUAAACUAAGCUAAGCUAAAUGCUGCCUCACCAGGUUUGGUUCUGAGUUUAGGUUUGAAUAAAAAAAUCCAGAAGCAAA